CUUCAGCUCCACUUCUACUGGCUCACCAUCCCGAGUCCGAGUCCGACUUAAACACUGAGAGAAGGCGCUGGAGACUGUCUGUCUCACUGCAGAGAUGCCUAACUGACCCGCAGGAGCCUGUGGAAUUAAAUUAUACAUUCAGCUUCAUAUAAAACAGAGUCAGAGUUUGUGUCCAGAAAGGCGUUUCUGCUCCAACAAAGGAGGCCAGUGUGAGAGAACCGCGGGGCCGCGUAGCGUUCACUCGUUUCGGGGGAGAGGGAGGAGGAGGAGCACGCCUGUUUCAGGACUGUGUGGAAAGAAAAAGGAGGGAGCUGGGAAAAAAACUUUUGGAGGGCGAGGACUUCAGGCCCCGUUUUAUAAAGAAUAUCCAGCAGCUUUAAACGGAGAAAACUUCAGCCAUGUCCCUGUCGGUGCCACAGAACGGCCGAGGAGAAAACGAGCCCGUUAUUGAGCUUUUCGUGAAGGCGGGCAGCGAUGGAGAGAGCAUAGGAAACUGCCCAUUCUCUCAGCGUCUUUUCAUGAUCCUGUGGUUAAAGGGUGUGGUCUUCAAUGUCACCACUGUCGACCUGAAGAGGAAACCAGCAGAUCUUCAGAAUUUAGCUCCUGGAACCCAUCCUCCUUUCAUCACAUUUAAUGGCGAGGUGAAGACCGACGUCAACAAGAUCGAAGAGUUUCUAGAGGAUGUUCUUAGCCCUCCCAAGUAUUCCAAACUCGGAGCCAGGCAUCCGGAGUCCAACACGGCUGGAAUGGAUAUAUUUGCCAAAUUCUCUGCUUACAUCAAGAACUCCAGACCUGAUACCAAUGAGGGUCUGGAGCGAGGCCUGCUGAAGACCCUCCAGAAGCUUGAUGAGUACCUGCGCUCGCCGCUGCCUGAUGAGAUCGACCACAACAGCAUGGACGACGACAUCAAGGUCUCCGCCCGCAAGUUCCUGGAUGGAGAUGAUAUGACCCUGGCUGACUGCAACCUGCUGCCCAAGCUGCACAUCGUUAAGGUGGUGGCUAAGAAGUACCGAGGCUUCGAGAUCCCUAAAGACAUGCUCGGUAUCUGGGGCUACCUGAACAACGCAUACACACGAGAGGAGUUCACCAACACCUGCCCCAGUGACAAGGAGAUCGAGAUCGCGUAUGCCGAUGUUGCCAAGAGGCUGGUCAAAUAAUGCCUUGCAAAGAAAUUCCAGCCAUCCCCAAAUUCCCUCACUGGGACUGAAUUCUUCUUUUGUUUGUUUCACACAAGAGAGAAAAAUAACUAUGGACUUCUUUUUUCCUUCUCUUCUUCUUCUUUUUUAUCUCUCUAGAGUAAACCCCACUGCAUGAUUAUUUUUCUCCUCUAGCCCCUAUAUAUCUAUACACUUCUUUAAGAUACUGCAUUUAUUGUCAGUGUAAUCCAAAACGGUUCUUGACGAACUUCUGUAUCUCAUGCAUUUCUUUCUUUACAGUUAUUUUUAUUUUUUUAUUUUUGUUCCAAGAGACAUUUAAGCGUAAAUGCAGGAAAUGCCACGUACUGGAAACGUAUGGGGUUGUGAGCAUGUCUGAGCUUUGUUGGUUUUAGCCAGGAUUGUUCAAACAUUCUCACACACACACACACACACACACACACACAACUCUCGCUCCUCUCCCCCAACCCAGCGUAGCAGCGGAGAAGCAACGCCACCAGCUGUUUCUUCUCACAAAGAUUUGUGAUAUUGCAAGUGUCUUUUACAGGCUUGCAGAGUGAGCAUUUCAGAGCUGUUGUUUUGUUUUAUUUUUGUUUUGUUCUGUUUUCUGAUCGAGCGUAUUUGAACAGUGUUGGAAGCUCCAGUGUUUAUUUCUUGAGAGCGCUUCAUCGAGCACUGACUGCUAACUUUAUCAGACUCCGACAGCACGUGAAGUUAAACAUUUUAAAAAAGGCGAUUUUGGCUUGCUAUUGGAGCAGUGGCCUUCUUGCUAACCUUUUUAUUUAAACUCCGCCCACUUGGCAUGUUAUUCAGUAAGCUUGCUAAGGCCUGAUGUAAGCUAAUCAAAAAAGGACACGGUUGAAGAGGAUGCUCAGGUGGUCUGGCAGUGAGUCAGUGCUUAGAGUGACUAAUUAACCAUGCAGAAAAUGUAUUGUGCCCAUGAAGGGUCAGAUUAUGAAGGGAAUAUACUUUGUGGGGUAUUGUAGAAUCUGAAGUGGAUUUUUUUUUUUUAAUAUACAGUUUAAUUCCUACCUUAAUAGAACUGUUGAUAGCAAGUGUAUACAGAUAUGCUUUAAUCCCACUCAAAAUGGGGCCAGCAUUUAAUUUCUUAUUAAUAGAAGUACAGGAAUUAAGGUGAACUGGUAGUUAUGACUGAUUCUGAAAAUCUGAUGCCCAUGUUUUAGGACAGUAAUGGUAAUUUGCAUGAAACUUUACAGCUAAUUAGUUAAAGGUAAAGAGAAGAGACCCGGGAAUCAGCAAAUAGUUUGACGAAAAAUUAAAUGAACACGAUUGUUCACUGACUCCACAUUAGAAAAUAUUAACUGAAACGUUCUUACAAAAAGCAAGAAACUUGUGUAUUUACAUUAUUUUACUUGCUCUUGUUGAAACAAAUUAGUGUUUGAGAUUAGUAACAGUUAAACCCAGUCUUUGUUAAAAACGUUAGCCAAGCAUCUCUUGAUAUAAACUAAAAAACAGAAGACCUCAGAUAUCAUACAUGUCUGAGCUGAUUGACUCUCUGGAGCCAGUGAUUAAUUGUGAUAAUUAGAUUUUUCUACCAAAAAUCCUAAUAGGUGAAUGUGUAUCAGUUAAAAGAAAAUACUUUUUUAAUUUAGAUAAACAUGUCAAAAAAAAAAGAGAACAGUUUUUGUUUGGAAUCAUUUUAAGGCUGUUUUAAGACACACUUGUUAGCUGAUUUAUGUGACUUUUUCUUUUCAAGCUUUCAGAGACUGACGUGUGCAUUUUGUACAUCCGUGGAUGUGAAUGUAGCAGAGUGAGGGCUUUUCCUAGGUGCGAAUUUUAAUACUAGAUGACACCUCACCUCAGGCCUCAUUUUCUUAUGGGUGUAAAAUGCGAUGUCUCAUUUAGCCUUUCAUUUAAAGUCAACGGUAAAAGGAAAAAAUAAAAGAAGAAGAAAAUAUAAUUUAGAAUUUAUAUUGAACAUUUACUUUGGUGGAUAUAGCAGGGUGCUGCAAUCUAAAAUAAAGAAUAAACUUCUUUAAAUAAAUGAAGGCUUGUCUAAAAGUGCUGCAAGAAGUAUAAGAAGUUCUUUCUGUUCUUGUUCCACUCCAGGGUAGGUUAGAAAGCAAGAGGCAGAGCUGGAGGCAAUGGCUGCAAGUGCUUAUGCCAACUCUACACAGCAUCAGCUAAACUUACCAACCUGCUUUCUUACUGAUUGAAGAACGAUGCAGGUUUAUGUUGAGCUGAAGCUGCUGCUGUAUUCAGAUAAGUUCCCACAGUGAAGGUCAAGGGGAUUUCUCAUGUAGUAAGAUGAUGUCUGAUCUGUGUUCUCUGGUCAGCAGUACACUGUCUAUAUUACUGAGAAACAGUAAAAAAAACAGAUUUUACAGUUUUUGGUUUUAUUUUCUGAACAUAUGCUGCUUUUGUGAGCUCAACAGAGGUUUGUCCAUCCCAGAUGGUUAACUACUAAGUAAUUAUGACUUUACUCUGUACUGUGUCCAGGCACUUUGUCAGUAGAUCAGCCCACUUAACACAAAUAAGUGUUUGAGUGUAAUGACCUGAACAUUUGAUAAAAAAAAAAAAAAGCUUAGUUUGAACACAUGCAGAUAAGGUACAAGAUUGUGGUAUUCAUCACAUCUCGAUACACAAAAUCCACUCCAUAAAUUGUACAGUCAGUGAAGUGGUACAAAUGGUAUUUCCCAGUUCCUUCACCACUUGAAUGCAGCAACAGUUUACUGCUUAAUUACAAUAAAGGUUAAAAAUUAGAAGUCUGUACUGUAUAUUUGAAAAUUAGUACUGUAUUGCAAAACAGUACAGUGGUUUAGUAGAUACAAUGUUCUUCUUCCAGUGGGUUCAAGUCUCUGUUGAUGUGGAAGGACUUUGCAUUAUCUCCACGUGUUUGUGGAGAUUUCCCCCAGUAACUGCUUUUAUCCCACAGUCCAAAAAGAAACAAGAUGAUCAGAUAAAUUGGAUGUUCAAAAAUUGCCCAGAAAAAAUGGACACACUUGAGCAUAUGUGUAUUUGUAUGGGUGUUCGCAUAUAUGACUGUAUGCCCAGAUAUGGAUUAGCACUCUGUCCUGGCUCUGUCAAUGGCUUAGUCUCUUAUACAGUUCUCCAGGUGGACAGUCAUUUCCAGUUAAGAGUAUGCUGUAUGUGAUUGGCUGCUGCUUUCAGGUCUGCAUUUGUAGUUAAGUGCUGAUGUGUGUUGGUUAGUUGAGUGUGGAAUGUGAUUGUAAUGCGUCCCUUGAUGUCGAGAAAGGCAUUAUAUAACUGUGAUUCAAUCAUCACAACAAAAUAUAGUGAUUUAGAGUUUAAUAUAUCAGUAUUUUCCAGUACCCCUUUUGAACAAUGUCCUCUAACUAAGAAAUCUGACUUUUGAGAAAUCUCCUGUUACAUAACUGUGGAGAAGAUUUUGGUAACAUCACAAAAUCCAGUAUGCAAAGAGUUUUUGGUUUAUCAAAGUCCAAGAUAAAGAGAACCACUGAUAAGAUGCCUGGCUAAACUAACCUGCAGUUACAGUACAUAUGAAGGAGUGGAAUAUGACAUAUUCAGCACACUUAGACAAACGAUUCGUUUGCUUGUAUCCGUCGUGAAUCCUGGUCCUCUGAACUAAAUCAGGUGCCUUCUGAGGAUCAGUGUUAUAUGGUGUUGUAUUGUGGUUUCGUUCAGUUUAACGUGUUCCCAUUUGGAGGAAGAGAUGUGUUCCCUUCUUCCACUGAUGUCUGAGAUAAUGAAUGUUCUGAAGUUUUGUGCCUUUUUUUGUUUCUUUUUGUAGCCUCCAUCAGCCUGAGUUUGCCUAAAGCACAGGGUACACACUGAUCAUGUAAACGCUGCAUGUUUGCCAUAUGCCAUCCUGCUCUCAUCAAUAAACUGCUGGCAGCUAUGA